AUGGUAAACCCUCGGUUACUGAAAGUGGAGAAAUGGUUCGGAUCAAAGAAAGAGCUUGCUGCUGUAAGAACUGUUUGCUCUCACGUGGAGAACAUGAUUAAAGGUGUGACAAGGGGAUUCCAGUACAAAAUGCGUGCUGUGUAUGCUCACUUCCCCAUUAACUGUGUAACCACUGAAGGCAACACUUUGAUUGAGAUACGUAACUUCCUUGGCGAGAAGUACAUUAGAAGGGUAAAAAUGGCACCUGGUGUUACAGUCGUCAAUUCGACCAAGCAGAAGGAUGAGCUGAUCAUUGAAGGCAACUCAAUUGAAGAUGUCUCCAGCUCAGCAGCACUAAUACAACAGUCCACCAUGGUCAAAAACAAGGACAUCAGAAAGUUCUUGGAUGGUCUAUAUGUAUCUGAAAAGGGUACUGUGUUGGCAGAAGAGGCAUAA